AUGCGUAUUAAGCCCAGAUGGAUAAAUUAUGCUGAUAUUUCUAAAUGUGGUAAUAUCGGUGUUGAAAAUAGAGUUUCUACCCGGGUUUUUCCGGACAUAAAGGAUUCUGAUUAUGAUUGUUUUUAUCCGACAAAACUUUAUCUUUUUGAUAAUAAUAUCAAUAUAUUGAUAAAUGAACCAAUUAAUGCCAUCAAUGUAAAUUUAUCUAAUAAUAAUACGAUAAACUUAACGUUACCAAACCAUUCAGUAAAUUCAAAACGAAACAGGACGACAAUAUUAACUCCACCUAUCACACCGCCUAUUAUUGCUAGCAGUAGUAAUUCAUUUUUAGAAUGUCAAGAUAAUAAGGAACAUUUAGCAAUUGUAUAUGGGAACGAUAUAUACAGUAAAAGUUUAGAUAGACCACGAUCGGGUGAAAAGGAAAUAGACAGAAUGAUAAGAGGCGCAUAUACAGGUAGAUUAAGACCCGGGCAAACCAAAUCAGAUGAAUUAGGCGAAUCUAUUAAUAAAAUUUCAACAACCGAGCAACAUUCUCAACAGCAAUCGCCAUUAGUGAGAAUCCAUUCAGAAUGUUUCACAGGUGAAACUGUACAUAGUGCAAGAUGUGAUUGUGGUGAACAAUUAGAAGAAGCAAUGAGAUUAAUUCAAUCCGAAGGUCGUGGAGUCAUUAUAUAUUUGAGACAAGAAGGAAGAGGGAUCGGGUUGGCCGAUAAACUUCGAGCGUAUAAUCUUCAAGAUUUAGGGCAUGAUACAGUAACGGCUAAUUUACUUUUACAACACUCGCCUGAUCUUCGUAAUUAUGAUAUUGCCAAUCAAAUUCUUAAAGAUCUUAAUUUAAAAUCUAUAAGACUAUUAACUAAUAAUCCUGAUAAAAUUGAACAAGUCAAUGAAUCAGGAAUUGAAUCAAAAGUUUUAGGUUUGAUUCAAAGAAACAAAAAUGAAGUAAUUCAACAAGUGAUUUAA